GACGACGAUUCGCCGUCGCCACCGCUCGUACAGCGAGUGCACCGCCAAAGCACCGAGUGUUCGAACCGCACCGGAGGAAAAUACAUUUUCGUUGGAAAACGUCGAGAGUGAAAGAAAAGUGAUAAUUUUUUUUUUUGGAAAAGUGAAUUUGUGCCAUAGAUUUUUCUUUUGGGUUUUUUUUUUACAAAUUUGGAUAUAAGCAAUGAAGCUGUUUGUGAUUGGAUGUUUCGUGGUGUUGAUGGUGGAGGGUGUUUUUGGAAAGGGAGUUUUGAAACGAGAUGUGAAUGAAAAGGCAUUGAAAAAAGACGAGGACGUCUACGGUGAAUUAAAUGAACAAGAUACCGAUCUCCAAAAGGACCAAGAAGAUUACUACGACGAAGCAGAAGUCUCCGAUAAUCAACCGCUCGACAAUGGGGCCAGAAGGACCAGUGUCAAGCUGGACCUACUGUCGAAACCUGAAACUUUCGUCCAAAUGAUUGGGGAAACAGUUAGGUUACCUUGUUCCGUAUCCUCUAAAGAUGCCUUGGAGGUAAUUCGUGUGUGGUCCAAAAACUCCAACCCGAUCUUCCAAGGUGACAUCAACAUCAAGAACAAGCACAACUACUUGCUAUUGCCAAACGGUACUUUGCAAGUGGUACUGGAGGAUGCCGAAGAUUUCGGCACCUACUCCUGUACCCUUCUCCUAUCCGAUUCGGAACGACCGGAGGUUGAACAUAAAAUAAUCCAGAAGACCAGUGCCAACAUAACGGCCUUGUAUUCCAACAAUAAAAUGAACGUGUUCGAGACCGAUGACAGUGCCACCCUUACCUGCGAAGUCACCGGGUACCCGAGGCCGACAGUUUCUUGGUACAAAGACAACGACAAGUUGGCCGACGGCGAAUCCCUGACGAUACAGCGAGUUAAGCCGAAACAUGCUGGUGCCUACAGGUGCUUCGCUGACAAUAAAAUUGGAAAACCUGCGCAUCAGCAUAUUAAUAUUUACGUUAACCACAAACCGCUUAUCCAAGUGGACAAAUACAUCGUGAACUCGGACCACGAGAGUGACGCUGAGCUCAUCUGUGACGUUUCCGCUUAUCCAGCGGCCACGGUGAACUGGCAAAAGGACGGCGAAACUAUCGUGUCCAACGAGCCUAAAAUCAAGCUGGAAAGACGUAGAAAUAACGAGAGAAACGUGUUGAUCAUCAAAGAUCUUAACGAGAAAGACUUUGGCAAGUAUUCGUGCGUGGCAUGGAACUCUUUGGGGAAAGAGACGAAGGACGUCAACCUGGUGAAGACCCCUGUGGUGAGGAAGUUUGAGAAGAACCAGAGCAACGAAAGCACCAAGGAUGUGAUUUUGCAAUGGAAAGUAGAGUCGAAGCAGCCCAUUUCUAUGCACGAGCUGCAGUACAGGAAACAAGGGGAAACAAACUGGAAGACGAUCUCCCCUGAUGUGACCGACGCGGAAAAUGACGUCUACUUGAUCAAGCACACCCUGAAGAACUUGGAGCCCGGGUUGUACGAGACCAGGGCCAGAUCGAAGAACGGCCACGGUUGGUCGGAGUACUCUAAAACGGUACCAUUCGAAGGAGUUUUAGCGAAACACGGCGCCCACCACUCAAAACCCAAGCACAACAAAAAAGAAAACAGAUUACAAGAAUCAUCACUUGACAUCCCAGCACAGCACCGAAGCGAGGAACUCGUUCCUGUAGGAGAAUCUACUUCAAGCAGUACGUCGCUGACCUCCUCGCUAAUUUUGGUCCUUCUAACCGUCCUCACGCUAAGACAAUGAGGAUUGAGCAACAACAUCACAUCUCUAGGGAACAGCCGAAUAUUCUGAUAUAAGUAUCCAUAGCUAUCUUUGUCCUAUCAGGCAGCUUCGAGGAUCAGAGUCACAUUUCUUUUGAAAAAAAAAACCGUUAAACCAAAGUAUUUUCUUAUAUAAUUUAGGUGAAUUUUGGACAUUUUUUUUAAGUUAUUGUUGUAUAUAUUUUCCGCACGGCAUGAUGAAUGAUUAUUGAAGCCUCUGUGAUUAGUUAUUGUUUGUUUGUUUUUUUUAAAUGGAAAAUAUUCCCAGUGUAACCGUAAGAGACAAUCUCUCUAUACAGGGUGUGAUACGGGGUUUGCCCACGCUGUAUAUACCACAGUGGCCAUAAUACGAGGUGCGUAAAUGAGUGUAGAUUAAGAUGAAUAAUUUAGUUACCUGCGUUUGACAUACUUUUUAAUUUAGCCGUAAGUUUGGUCAGUAUUUUUGUUGGUUUUUGACUAAUCGAAGUCUAAAAUUAACUUCUUAGACCUUCCCCUUCAACCUACACAUUAUGUAACCUUUUAUUUAAGUGUACAUAUUAGUUUCUUUAGCAUUGUAAUUAUUUAUAUUAUUUUUUUAAGUUUUUUUUUUUUCUAAUUAUUAUUAUGUAUUUAGUUCUUCAACUGAUGGAAUCGAAAUGUAUGCCUUCCGUCGUACCUACGAAUGAUUUACGUAAGCAUAGAGUAUAUAUAAAUAUAUAUUUUAUUACUAAAAAGUAGGUAUGUACCUGUAUAUUUUAACGUUGUUGCUUCAGACUUAAAAAUCGUAAUUUUCUGACGGAUUAUUCGAUACCCUCAAAUUUUGAGGUUAAAACUCCUAAAAACGGUGGGAAACGGAGGACUGUUGCACCUCACUGUACGAAUCAAACUUUUCGGAAAUAAUCUUUCAUAAAAUUAAGACGUUGUAUAUUGAAUGUAUAAAAAAAUAAAGGAGCUGAUUGAA